ACGACUGAUGAGAUGAUGACCGGAGGGCACGGUCAUCACACGAUGCCUGGCGAAAUGACCCAUGAAAUGACCGGUCAUCACCACCCGACAGAUAUGACCGGAAUGACACAUCCUCAUGAUGGACAUCCAACUGACCACACCAUGCACAUGAUGAUGCAGAUGACCUUUUAUCUCUCAACGAAGGUGACUAUCCUCUUUGAGCAGUGGUCAGUGGACAGUGUUGGGGGUCUUGUUGGGUCAUGCAUUGCCGUGUUCUUCAUGGCUAUGUUCUAUGAGGGGUUAAAGGUCGGCCGUGAGCUGCUCCUUCGUCGCUCCGUGGUCAAUGUCCGAUACCAUUCGCAACAGAUUUCCAAGGGCAGUGAGACAUUCUUGACAGAAACCCACAGCGCAGGAGAAGCCCACAUUCUGAGCUGGGGACAUGUCAUCCAAACCCUCCUCCACAUCGUUCAGGUUACCCUCAGCUACUUCCUCAUGCUUAUCUUUAUGACCUACAAUGGCUAUCUCUGCAUCGCUGUCGUCCUGGGCGCCGGUGCCGGCUACUUUGUCUUCGGUUGGAAGAAGGCCAUUGUCGUUGACAUCAACGAGCACUGCCAUUGAUCACAGCCGUGGUCAUUGGUAAGGGGAGAUGGAUAUAUUGGUGCCUGCCGUUUGAAAUGAGAAUUCUUGAAAAUCUAUUUUAACUUGAUAUUGAUUUUAAACUGCACUAUGCUAUUUACCCUAGUUUUCUAGAGUCUGUAAAAAUAUGUUGAUAUUUUAACACAAAAGAAUCGCUUGUUAAAGACUUCAGGCAUAUCUUUCUUUUUUUCUUUUUCAUUACGUCAGCAGUGAUAAAGAAUGAAAAUAUGAAGAAAGUGUCUUCUAUUACUCUUUUUAUUAUAGGAGCAAUUUUUUCCAGUGAAAUUUGAAAAAAAGGAUACUUUCAGUCACAACCAAAUAUUCCAAUUUACUCCCAUGAUAAACGAAAACUGUCUAGAACAUGAUAAUGGUUUGGAAUUAUAAUCUUACACCCUAAUUAUCAUUAAGAAUCAGUAAAAAAUUAAUAUGACAAUUGAAAUUGUAAUAACAAUAUUUGCAAUUCACUAAAGGAAUCUGGAUGUGUGAAAAUUUAAAAUAUAAAAAUUAUAGUUUUUAAACCAUCAGAUGGGUAACAGUUGCUUCUUGAAAUGUUGAUUCAAUAAAAAUUCAUGACAGCAUCUACCUGAUGCAAAUACGUUGUCCUUCACAAUACGUGGUAUAGGUCAGUCAAUUAUCCAUUUACCUAACCAUGUUUUGCGUAAGUGCAGUGGUCAAGGGAUCUUAGAUGCCUUACUACACACAUCAAAAGUCUUAGCUUCAAAACCCUACAAUUGCAUCAUGUGCCCCUUACCAAGGCAUUUUAUCCUUGUUCUUUCACUUAUUUCAGAUGGUGAAGUUAAAGAACGGCCCCAGAUACAAAUAAUCAUACAUUAUCCGAUUGAUACACGUCUAUAUAAAAAAUUUCAAAAAACAGACACUUUUCAACCAUUAUCCAAGUAUCCAAGUGAAUUAAUCACUUUCCAUCUAAAGUAUCUUUCUAAAGAUUUCAAAAAUGGUAUAUGUUCAUUGGUCUUUGAUAUACAUAUUUUUUUUUGCACUGAAAUGUCAACUCAAGCAUGCAGCUCGACUACAUAUUAUUUUAGUGAGUGUUUUGUAGUGCUGGAGCUGUAAAGGAAACCGUUUUAAUGAUAUAAUUUGUAGUAUUUCCCUACUUGUGAAUAUUCUCCUGCGCCUAUUUUAUCGUAAAAAUAGAUACAUUUUUGAUGGGGUGUUUCACAAAGUGAAUUGUGACUGAAUGUCCGUAGGGUAGUUAUUACGCAAUCUCAUUGAUUAAUAUGGAGUAUCACUUGUCCUCUGAGCUUGAUGAUUUGGCCAAUGCAGUGAUGCAACCUGAAAGUUUGAGAUCACUAAUGCCUUGUAGAUCCUCCCAUUGGCAAUGCGACCAAGAUCUGUGAUGUCACACACGUACAACUCCCUCAUUACUUUAGUACUUAUUUCACUUAUAUUCUCACUUUUAUAGAGUCUAUCACAAGGUGAGGUGUUCUCUUUAUGAGAGGACAAGUACAGAGGUUUCAUAACAUUAUAUCAUUGAUGAAUCGUUUGUCAUAUGAUUAGAAUGAGCAAAAAGAGAUGUUUUGGGGUAUAUUUUCAGUGUCCAAAAGGGGAGAGUUGUUCAUCUGUGACAUAGAUCUUGGUCGCAUUGCCAAUAGGAGGAUCUCCAUAGCAUUAGUGAUCUCGGCAUUAGUGAUCUCGACGUUCUAAUGCUCAUAACUCUUCUAUUGCUAGUCCUAUUUUACACUCAAACUUUUGUUGAUCUUAUUCUUUGAUUUUUCUGCUUUCACAAAAGCUAACUUGCUCCAAGAGUUUCAUUCUCCUUUAAGUGUGAUUUUCAGUCUUAAAUCUUUGUGAAACACCCCCACAGAAAUUGUUAAGUUUUCCAAAGAUUUUAUACCCUAAAACUUUACAGGCAUGUGCUUAUUUCCCACCCUUGAUAUCUGAUAUGAUAUGUGUGCUGAUUUUUAUCAUUUUAUGACUGACUUGAUAUAUUACAACAGAGGAAUUUAAAUUAUGUAUUAUUUUGCCCUGAAAUGAAAUGAAAGAGUGAUUGUCGUAGUUUACGUGGAUGUAAGUUUUUCAGUACCACGGUAUAUUGAAAAACUGUCAUCUGUUUGCCUGUUUGGUGAAUUUUAAUAUUUUGUAUGAUUUAUGUUUACAUGAAUAGUGUAAUUGAUGACAUUUUAUGUUUUUAUGAUUUUGAUAGUUUAUGUGCUAAUAUUUUUAGAAUCUUAAGUACUUUUAAGAGCAAAAAAAUGAAAAAUAUGCUAUGAUGUUGUUAGGAUGAGAUCAUAUUUGCCUUAAAAGAACAAAUUUUAUGAUUAUUUGAUUAAUGCUAGCAUAAGAAAUAUUGAUCAUGAUUUGUUCAUGAUUUCAACAUCCUCACAUUCUGAAACGUUUUAAAUUCUUCAGCCUAGCUCAUCAAAGAAAAGUAUUUUUACAUUAUUGUAAUAUCAAUAUUUUUCUCCCAUGUCAUAUACUGUAAAUGUUUUUUUAAUUAUUAGUCAACAAUUCUGGAUAUAUAUCUUUGAUUCUGUAAUAGAUAUAUUUAAUAUUGUUAUAAUGAUCACUUUACCUUAAAAAUAAUUUUGUGGAUAAUAAAUUUGUACAACCAGCUUAUAUCCAAUGAGAUUUCUUGAUUCUCAAACUGCAGUAACAAAAAUCAUGAAAGUUGUCACUUUAGGAGAUUUAACAUUCCAGUAACUCUGUAUGUGACCUCCCUAUAUACAUGUACAUCUGUUCUAUUUUUCUCAUGAAUACGCUUAUCCAAUACUUUGCUUGUAAAUAUUCAUUGCAAGUCGGAUGUAUUUUUGAAGGGAUUUUAAUAAGUUUUUUUGGUCCGUCGAUCUGUCCAUCAAAUGAUCAGAGAAGCACAUGAUGACAAGCUGAAAGAUAUGUGGUCUUAGAAGAGACUAAAUUGGAUGUUAAAGACUGAAGAUAUGGGAAAGAGAUAAAAGAAAAUACUUUUUAGUUAAGCAUCCGUAGACAUCGGGAAAUGUUACUGAAAGAUUUUUGUAACUACACCUUAUGUAUUGAAAUUCUCAUGUUGGCAUGGAUUUAUUAUUUCUGACGACACAGAGAGCAAUAUUUUUCUUCAAAUAAACUCAAAAGUAAACUUUCUCUACAUUGCAGAGAAGAUAUGACCAUUUAUUAUGAGUUUAUGAGUGACCGAGUGGUGUAUAUUAUAAAUCUUAUUUUGGCGGGGGGGGCAUUGGGGUCACGUCCUGGCAACCAAAAGGGGUUCCAACAAAAGCCAACAAGUAUGUAAUAAGAAGGUAGACAGACUUAGACAUCAGUUGAUUUCAGACAUUGGAAGGGAUUUAUACUUGAGAAUUUGCCACAGGACUCUACUUUACUUUACUUACAUGUAUGCUUCUGGCUGUAUCAAGAACUGCUCCUGUCAUCACACAAUAUCGGUAUGUCAGACAUAUAGGUAUAUUUUAAUAUAUAGUAUAUUACAUGUACAGUAAGUAUUAUGCAUAUUAUCACAAUGCUACAUUAUAUAUGAAUGUAUGUAGAUAUAGAAAUGAUAGUUCUCUUUUUAAUGUCAGUACCCAUGCAGAGGGGAUGAUGUUGUACUGAGUCCUUAUUAUGAUACAAACAUAUUUUUAAUUACUUUUAGUACUUAAGUACGAUGAGUUGGAAUUGAAUACACAUUUGUCUUCCCUUCUUUUUUUGAAGGAUCUAUUGUUACUUCCAACAGGGAGAUAAAACACAAUUGUGUAAAUUUUACCUCUGCAAAAUCAGCCAUUGUGCAAACUUGAUAGCAUAAAAACUUGUGUCAUGCAAAUCAAUCAUUAUGGGAUUUUUUUCAAUCUUACAGGGGAGAGGUCGGGAUUUGUCAUUAUCAUGAGUUGAUGCACAGAUUUAGAUACAGAGUGCCCACUGGAAAUGUAAAAGAAAGAUAUUUUGGCGUUGAUUAAACAAAAUUAUUUGCUCUCAAAUAAAAUAUUAUCUGCGACCCGAAAAGGGAUAAAAUUAAUUCUUUGGAUGUGUACUUUAUUUAGGUAAGGGAAGCAAAGAAAGCAAAAAUAUUUUGAUUUUUUUUUAAUCUAUCAGUACUUAAAAUUGCUUGAGUAAGAUAUUAGUUUCAAUUGAUUUGCAGAGAUUGUAUUGUCUGGGAGUGCAUUGUUGAUGAAGCAAUCUUGUGGUAAUUUGGUAGUAGGUAGUUUAGGGUAGAAAAUGAGUUAUAUUCAAGCUUUCAAUUUUUAUGUUAACCAUACAGGGCCUUGUAGCACAAAACUUAGCGUUUGAUCGUAGGGCUGGCUUUUAAGAUUGAUUAUUAUCAUUGUAAUGGUCAAGCGUACAGGUACGAUCGGUCGCUAAGCUCCGUGUAACAGGCCUCUGGUGUACUGACAAUGCCAGUUCUAUGAAUACAUUGUAUCUUUAGGGUAAUCUAUGCAUGACAAUAUACUUGCCCUAGAUAUAGAGUUGUAUUAGCUUAUUAAUCAUUGCGAAGAAUUCUGAUAAUGAAUUUCAAGAUAUUGUUGAUGGUGGUUUUUUUUCUUUCUUAUUCUUCACUAGAUACUGUCCAUUUCUGUUCAAAAUGGACCUUUCUAGUGGAAUGCAGAGGUAAUACGUCUAUAUCAUGACUAGCCUUCAUAACAGGAACUUUGUUACAAAAGUGACUUUUAAUGUAAACAAAUAAAAUGUCAAUGCCAUUUGCAUUGUAAACAUUUUAACCUUGUAAUUUAACAUUGUUCUUUCCAAGGGGUGGAUCCAGCAUUUCAGAAGGGGGGCAGAGAUUAUGACAACACAAAAUGGGUCAUUAUAUUAUUAAGAUCUCUCACCUUCAUUUUUCUCUCUCCGAAUAGACAACAAGGGUCUUGUUUAAAAAGGAACCAUACAUUCGUUCUCACUCCUGAAGGGUCACUUGCUGGGGCACAACAUAACGUUCUGUAUUCUUUGUGAAAUGGAGUAGAUGAAAUUAGGAGCAUAUACCCUCUGCCCCCCUGCCUUCUCCUCUGGACUGGUGCCUGUGUGCACAUGGUAUUCUACAUCAUCUUAUUUAAAACUGUAUUAGUAUUAUUGUAGUAUUAUGCAUCUUCUAAGCCUGAUCUGGCCCAUGCUGUGUUAUGAAUAGCAUCCAAUUAGAAUGUAUGUACAACUUAAGUUAAUUGACCACUUUUACUCCUUUUUUUCUCCUCCAAAAUCCUUUAUAUUUCUGACAUGCGAAACUAACAUGACAUAUUAUAGUCUGAGCAUGAUUCCAUGCAUAAAUACUAAGCUAUUGGAAAUGACCCAAAGAUAAUUUCUGAUAUUAAGUACUCAGUAUCAUGUGUAGUGUCCAAUGUAUUACCUGAGAUAGUAUAGUAUGAUAUACUGUAUGAUAUGAGAGAACCAUACCCAAGAUAUUUUUAUAACAUUUGAUGGAAAAUGUUGUAUAUGUAUUUGUAAAAUUAAUUGCCCUUUCUGCUUUUCUUGUCCUGGUAGAAUUAUAAAAUAAAUUACAACCUUAGCAGGUAAAUAAA